GCGUUACAUUGUGAAACACUGCCAAACACUGUGUAAAAGUUUAAAUGAAACAGCUAGUUGUCUCAAAAUAACACUAGAGUGCAUCAAUAUCGCAAAAUUAUGGGCGUUGUAUAUCUAAAUGCAAGUUCCUUGACAAAGUCUUGGCUCAAUAAUUUAUAAACAUAACCUUCCAAUAAGUUAAAGAACUUUGACAAUUUGUGGGCAAAUAAAUAAUUGUUUUGUAAUAAUACUACUUUUGUUUAAUAAUAAUUAUUUGAACCAACUAUAAUUUUAAAAUGGAAAAAAAUAGAGUUAUUUUGGUAUUGAUGGAAACCAUUUCAUCGAGUAGUAGUGAUUGUUCUACAAGUGAUAAUAAUUCAAGUUUUUGGAGUACAUCAUCAAAUGACAGCUGGAUAAAUGAUAAUGGCAAUGAUGAUCUAUUAUUUUUUCCAUUAUUAAAAUACAUAACUACUGGGAAUAAGAGAUGCCGAGUUCAAGAAUAUAUACAAGUAGUCGAUAAGUGGUCAGACUUGGAAUUUAAAGAGAAUUUAAGAUUGCCAAAAAGUCUAGCACUGCGGUUAAUAGAUGAACUACAACAUUCAGAGUUUAUACCAAAAAAUAAUUUUGGAAAGACACCUAUCAGUGGAAAAAUAUGUUUUUUAGUAUUUUUAUGGUUUUUGUCAAAUACAGAACCAUUAAGAACACUUGCAGAUCGUUUUGACAUUUCUAUUUCAUCAGUUCAUCGAGUUUUACGUCGUGUACUAGCAUGGAUAUUAACUAAAUUGGAUGAUGUUGUAAAAUGGCCUGAAAACAAUGAUGAAGUUUUAACAAUAUGUAAUGGAUUUUAUUCUAAAAAACAGAUUCCGAAUAUCUUGGGCGCAAUUGAUUCAACUCAUAUUCGUAUAGAAAAACCUGCGGAUAAUGGAAAUGACUUUUUUAAUCGUAAAAAAUAUUGCUCUAUUAAUUUACAAGCUGUUGUGGACUCUCGUACACGAUUCACAAACGUAUACUGCGGAGAACCAGGUUCCUUACAUGAUGCUCGUGUAUUUAGAAGAUCAUCUCUAUACCAUUCAGCAAUUGAAAAUGAAGAAAUCUUAUUUCCAAAUGACACAUUUAUAAUAGGUGAUUCAGCAUAUCCAUCUUUACCAUGGCUUGUGCCACCAUUUCGUGAAAAUGGCCGUUUAACUUUUCAGCAAAGGCAGUUUAAUUACAGACUUUCAGCAACUCGAAUGGCGGUUGAAAAAUCAUUCGGAUUGUUAAAAGGUCGAUUUCGUAGAAUAAAAUUUUUCUCUGAAUACAGAGAUUUAAGUUUUGUUACAGAUACAGUACUCGCAGCUUGUAUUUUACAUAAUUAUUGCGUGGAUGAAAAUGAUGAUAUUGAUGACGAUACUGAAGACGGUUUGGCAGAUUAUAGUGGAUCAAAUAUUGAAGAUAACCCUCCAGAAAAUAUGAACAAUCAGAACAAUCGACAUCGCAGAGAAUCAUUAUUCAGAGAAUUGUACUUGUGAACAUGAAUUACCUUGGUGAAAUUGUACAAAAUAUUUUAUAAUUACCUUUUUUUUUUAAUUCAUCAAUUAAUGUUAUGAAAAUGAAGAAAGUUGGCUAUUCAGUUGUAAUUAAAUAUAAUGUUUAAAAAACCAA